CGCGUUCACGUCAUCGCCCACCCCCUUCAUCCUUAAAACUGCAGCAACAACUACCCCCUCCUCGUUGUCACUACUCGGAUCAGUGUUUGCCGUGCAGCUGGAAACAGAGCCGACGAUGAGGCAGGAACUGGCCGCUCUCCUCUGUCUCCUCGGCGCUGUUGCGCUGUCGAACUGCGCGCCCCCGACCUGCUACUCCAGAUCGUUGACCCUCAGCAAAGAAGUCAUGACUCUGCUGGAUAGAAUACACACUUAUCACCGCACGAAACCCUGCGCUGAAUUCCUGCCAACCAUCUUCAUUGACGUGCACAACUCAUGUGUCACCACCAAGCUACGGGACUUUCUCUACGUGCUGCUCAACCAUCCCAACCCGUAUUGCAAAACUCGCCCCAGGAUGGUGCUGCUCAAACGAAAAGUCCAGAACCUGCACACCAUCAUCACCAGACUCUGCUAUCGGGACCUGGUGUUUUUCACAGACGACUGUGAAGCCAUAGAUACUGGUCACAGCAGACCGUACUAUGGAGAAGACAGGCUUCAGUUGUUGCAAGAAGACAGAUGAGCCUGAGGGAGUGCAUACAAAAGAUAUACACCGCUCUAGUACACACACAUUAUAUUUAAACAGCUUCUACAAACACGUGCAAAAUUCACACCACAGACUAUAGUGUACCACAUGCAUGUUCCUGGCAGGACGCUCACUCCUGUGUUCAUGCUCUGUGUGUGAGCUGCACACUCAUGUUAGAGGACACAUGUGGCCACAUUCCAGCCAGGAGAGCAAAACUUUCCACAGGAAAUAUCCUGAAUGCCAACCAUACCGGCGAAAACCUUGAAAUAAUAAACCAAUAAGAGAUGUUUUUGCGCUGGUCCUUUAACUGCUUCUCAUUUAGAGGGGCUGAUGAAAGGGCCGCGCAUCAUCAGGAGAAAUGUGUUUGUGUUGCCAUAACCCUAGACCUGAGUCGCGUGUGUAAAAAGGAGCACUAUGCAGCAUUUUGUAAACAUUUUAUGACAUAAACAGCGUGGUUGAAUUUGGUAUGUAAUAAAAACAGUUGAUGCCCUUAA